GUAAAACUUAUGAUUUUCUUUUUCCCUUUCCUUCUUCUGGAGAAUUAGUUUAGGUCCCAUGCAGAAGACCCCAACUACAUGUAUCUUAAAUUGCACUUAAUGGAAAGGAAAAGAAGAAAGAAAGAAGAGGGAAAUAAAUAUACACAGAACGACCUCUAAUUAAUUAAGCAAUUGAUUAGGGAACCGGUAGCAGCUCCAUAAAUGGCGGUCAUCAAGACAUCACUAGCCUAACUCUAGCUACACUUUAAUUUCCCCCCUACCCCCAAAAUCAUUCACUCACUCACUCACUCACUCAUAUCCAGCUAGCCUUUUGCUGCACCGCCCGUCAGUCGCCCAGCCCAGUACAUUAAACUGCUUGCCUUGCUUUCCUAUCCCAAGCUAGCCAACAACAUAACUAUUAUUAGUUAUUAUUAAUAUCACUACUUCCACUAGCUAGCUAGCUAGCAUCUCUUAUUUUUUCCCGUCUGAAAGAAAGAAAGAAAGAAAGAAUGGUUGCAGGGAAGUCGCAGUCGCCGACGUCGUCAUCAGCUUGGUGCGAUGGCAGUGGGUUGAGGAGAGGCCCCUGGAGCUCAGAAGAGGACCAGAAGCUCUUAUCCUACAUCCAGCUUCACGGCCACGGCAGCUGGCGCACUCUUCCCGAAAAAGCUGGUCUUCAGAGAUGUGGGAAAAGUUGCCGGCUGAGAUGGAUCAACUACCUGAGACCGGGCAUCAAGAGAGGCAAGUUCACCCUCCACGAAGAACAAACCAUCAUCCAGCUCCAUGCACUUCUCGGAAACAGGUGGUCGGCCAUCGCAGCGCACUUGCCGAGAAGAACUGACAACGAGAUAAAGAAUCACUGGAACACCCACCUGAAGAAGCGGCUGUCCCUGAUGGGGAUCGAUCCCGCCACCCACAAGCCCAAGGUGCGCCGCCUGGACGGUGGUGACCCCAAGAACGCCUCCACACUCAGCCACAUGGCUCAGUGGGAGACCGCCCGCCUCGAAGCCGAAGCCAGGCUGGUGAGAGAGUCCGAUUCCCUCCGCCAGCUACAGCUGCCAUCUCACUCAUCCUCCACCUCAGCGCCUUCGCUGCCUUCCCACCUUGACCCUCCAAGAUGUUUGGACGUGCUCUCCGCCCGGGCUUUAGGGCUUGGAUCCUGUCUCCAAUCACCCAUCUCCAAGUUCGCGGAUGACAAGAUGCACUAUACCUGCCAUUCUCCCUUCUCCUCCUCCUCCUCAUCAUGGCCAGUGGAAAUAUUUGCUACUACUACAGGUAUCAAGUUAUCCACCAAUAAUAUUACUCAUCACCAACUACCUGGCACCACCGGUAGUCAACAGCAUGAUUUAGAACACCAAGGAACGAUGGCUACUCAUCAUCAUCAUCAUCAUGGUUCCAAUAUUUAUACCGACACCUGGAUUCAUGACCACGACUUAUCUAUCAAUUUCUUAGAUUCCGCUUCUACUGCCUGGCCUCCCAUGGAUUAAUCAUAUCAUCUUGCCUACCGACCAAUAUUCUGCAACCCAUAUAUAUGUUUCUCUUCGUUCCGUUUCUUUUCUUCUUUUUUCAUUAUCCUGUUUACAUUUUUUUUUGAGUAAUGUAAUGUAGUCAUUGGUGAAUCCUCGCCAUGAACAACAUGAUCAAUUCAGUGUCUGUAUGUUAAUUGCUGUAUCCCUGUGUAAAAUGUGUGCUUCUAGUUAUCCCAAAAAGAACAAAUGUACGCUUCUUCCAAUAGUGUUCAUAUAAUUAAUGCUGUUCAGGAAA